AUGUUCUUGACAUUUGUCACGGACAGUGGACAGACUUACACGCUCGAAGUCAGUGCGGAUAUGGAAAUGGAUAAUCUACAAGCACUGCUUGAGGCAGAGUCAGAAAUACCACCAUCUGAGCAGAUUAUAACACAUGUCGACAGCGAGUUGAGUUUAGAACCCACGCGCAAGCUCAAAGACGAGGGCAUCACAGCAGAUGCUAUGCUCGGAUUGAGAAGGAAGGUUCAAGUGGCGGGCAAAGAAGUUGCACACGACGGCGAGAUGAUGAGACUACAAUUGCUAGGAAAUCGAGAUUUGCUCGAGCAGAUGAAGCAGGUACAGCCAGAACUAGCAGAAGCAGCAGAGAAGAAUCCACCGAAAUUCUACGAACUGAUGCAGCAAGCUGUUCGUAAUAAACACGUUGCUGAAACCCAACAGGCUGAAAUGCUCAAUUCAGAUCCAUUCGAUAUCGACUCGCAGAAGCGGAUCGAAGAAGAAAUACGUCAACAAGCCGUAGCUGAGUCGUUUGAACGUGCAAUCGAAUACAAUCCAGAAACAUUCGGGAUGGUUGAGAUGCUUUAUAUCGAUACACAGGUUAACAAACACCACGUUAAAGCUUUCGUCGAUUCAGGCGCUCAAAAUACAAUUAUGAGUCCAAAGUGCGCUGAAGAUUGCAACCUCAUGCGUCUUCUUGAUACACGCUUUCAAGGUAUUGCACGAGGUGUAGGAACUGCGAAGAUCUUGGGAAGAAUUCACGCUGCACCUAUGCAGAUUGGUGAUAUACUCCUACAGUGUUCAUUCACUGUGACUGAAGGCAGUGGCGUUGAUCUAUUGUUCGGUUUAGAUAUGCUCAAGCGUCAUCAAGCUGUAAUUGACUUGCGGCAAAACGCUAUGAUUAUUCAAGACAUAGUUAUUCCUUUCUUGGCAGAACAUGAGAUACCAAAGAACAACCAUCAAGAUCCAGCUCAGUUGGAAUCGGCAGAGGGAGGCGGUAUUGCUCAACAGCCAUCGAUACCACCACACUCUGGUGAUAAGUUCCCAGGCUCAGGCGCUACUCUAGGUGGAAGCAGCACGGCUUCUCAAUCUCAUCCUGCAGCAUCUACAAAUACAGAUUCAAAUAGGAGUAACAACGGUAUAAGUGAAGAGAAAAUAGCAAAGUUGAUGGAGUUAGGUGUGGGCAGAGAAGAAGCUAUUCAAGCUCUCAGAUCGACGAAUGGCAACAUUGAGUACGCGUCUAGCUUGCUGUUUUAG